AUGGAGUCGAGUGGCUGGAAUCAUCUACAACCAGAACAAUUCCUGACCUCCGAAAUUGGCUUGGUUGAGCCUUCUAUGAUCGAGACCGAGGCGGCAAGCCAAAUUGCGAAUCAGGUAGAAUUAGGUAUGGAUCCAUGCCCAGAGAAGACUCUGAAAAAACUAUAGUCUGGCUACUCAGCCGUCGUGGAUGAAACUUUCGCCGCCCUCGAUUACCGGAGAAACAAAACAGGUUUGGUUCAGUUUUUUAUGGCCGAGUCUGAGUCGGUGGAACCAAUCUCAACUCAGCUAGAAUUAGUUCUGAAAUUCUGCCCCGAGAAGACCCUGGAAGAACUACAAUCUGGUUUCUCAACCAUCACAGAUGAAACCGUUGCUUUUCUCGAUGACCGAACAAAUGGUAUGCAAAAGGCAUUUCAUAGAGAGUAUCUUGGUCCUCUCACUGCAUAUCAACUCUGGUUGGCGAUAAAAAGAAAGCGAUUUGAAUUCAACGAACACGGAUGUACAGAGACCAAUGAUCAGACCCGCCCGGCAAAAUCACAAUCAGUUCUAUCGAGAGCUGACCGCCGUUCAAUAUUCAUUCCGGACUUAAACCGCUGGGCUAUGAUGGCCAUCAUCUCAACAGCUACGAUCAAUCAAAGUAGGGCGCUAAGAGAUACCUUUUAUCGACACUUAGCCUUCGAAAGCUUCAUUAGCGCCUCGUUUUCACCCAAUGGCCUUUGGAAUUCCUCUCCGACCUUCCAGCUGGCUUUUGACCUUCCUUUCUAUGUCUUGAGACGGGCGUCGCCUCACAACCCGCCACAGGAUCGUCGACCAAGAGGCGACAAUGACACUCUCAGAAAGGUCACAGAUUUGACUUUCCUUCAAAGACCAACGGGAUCUGAAACUCUGAUUCUAACCGACUAUCUUUGCGAGGCCCAAGUAUCUGUUCUUAUUACGGGAUCAGAUCCUCAGAGAUGGAUGGCAUAUUGUUUCAUUGACACCUACUUUGACCCCGAAGAGAGAAGGGAGAGUGUCGAUUCCUAUCUUGAUGAUCUCAUAAUCGACGAGGACUCUCAUUCAAGCUACGAUCCCGAUCCUUUUACCACCGGGGAAAACGAUGCAAAUUAUCCCAUGUCGACACCCAGAGAGUACUUUUUGGUUGUUUUAGACUCGAGACUACGGCACGUAAAAGAUGAAUGGUGUGUGCUGACGAGGGGCAUGAGCGAGAUGAUCAAGACAUGUAUAAACACAUGUCCUAUCGCAAUAUUCAAUCCGCAAUCUUCUAAUCUUGACAUUCGUCUGGCAUUCGUCCAGUCCUGUGCUUGGGCGGUCAAGGCACGAAAGCUUUUAAGCCAGUUGAUCAAAACCUUGAAAGCUACAAUCAAACAAUUAGAAACAUUCCAGGCAGAUCGGAAAUUUUCCACAAUCACGGGGCCUGCAGCUGGGUGUGUUCGGACGAUCCUCGCUAACACAGAACAGCUGGGGAUCGACUUACAAAACCUCGAAUGUCUUAGUCAGGAUUGCCAAGAUUACAUUGCGACAAUCACCCUGUAUGUCGAUGUGGAAACAAGUUCCCAAGUUAUCAAAGCACGAUAUAGACAAGCUGUGAACUUCAUUCUGUUAUUUAUUUUUACUCCAAUUGUACUUGCAGCCAGUGUAUUGUACAGGGUGUACAAGAAUAUGCCUCUGCCACUCACUUAUGAUAGCGCACUGCUUCUAAGCCUAGUUAUGAUUUUUAUGGUGUCAAUAUGGUUGUCAGUUGGUAUUAUGCGGAAUUGGGAGCGAAUUAAGAGCGUCUCUGGUAUCAGGGUAUUUAAGCGUGAGGUUAGAGGGUAAGUAUAAUACAAAAACGAUACACUGUAUGCCUGGACGCACCUCUGAUAUUUGUUUCUUUCAUUUCGGGCUUUGGAGACAGAUAGAGUGCUUUAGUCAUUUCAUGUUGUUGAUGGUAG